UGUUCCCUGGUCGCACAUUGUACGUUGCGCGCCUUCUUCUCACCAGGGUUGCUCCUGCUCUAUAUUCCAAUCAGCUCCUCAUUUUCUCGCUAUAGCUGUUUAUCUUCUUCACUCUGAUGCACGUCUGAACCCUAAUUCGGAGCCUUCGUUAAUCUGCAACUCACGCAUUGGUUUCGCUUCUCCAAUCUCUGUUCAUGCCAUGGACAUGUCGGAUGCUGUAGUUGUCAAAUCUAGCAGGCUCAAGUCAGUUGUAUGGAAUGAUUUUGAUAGGAUUAAAAAAGGUGAUACCUAUCUUGCUGUCUGUAGGCAUUGUAAAAAGAAACUGAGUGGUUCAAGCACUAGUGGAACAUCACAUCUGAGGAACCAUUUAAUCAGAUGUCAGAGAAGAGCUAACCAUGGCGUGGCACAAUACAUCACAGCAAGGGAAAAGAGAAAGGAAGGAGCUCUUGCAGUUACAAAUUUCAAUUUAGAUCAAGAUCAGAAGAAAGAUGACGCCCUUAGCCUUGUGAAUAUUAAGUAUGAGCAUGAGCAGUUGAAAGACGACACUGUUACUGCUGGAGGCAGUAACUUAGAUCAAAGGCGAAGUCAAUUAGAUCUUGCACGCAUGAUCAUUCUGCAUGGCUACCCAUUAAGUAUGGUUGAGCAUGUUGGUUUCAAAAUGUUUGUAAAGAACCUACAGCCAAUGUUUGAGCUGGUGACCUUGAAUAUGGUUGAGGCUGACUGUAUUGAGAUCUAUGAGAAAGAGAAACAAAAGAUGACUGAGAUAUUGGAUAGGUUGCCUGGUAAAAUCAGCCUUAGUGCCGAUGUGUGGACUGCUGUUGGUGUUUCUGAGUAUCUGUGUUUAACGGCAAAUUACAUUGAUGAAUCAUGGCAGUUAAGGAGGAGGAUUUUAAAUUUUAUCAUGAUGGAUCAUUCCCACGCUGAAGACAUGCUUUCAGAAGCUAUCAUGACUUGUUUGAUGGAUUGGGAUAUUGAUCGAAAGUUGUUGUCCAUGACAAUGGAUUGUUGUUCUACCAGUGAUAACAUUGCUAUGAGAAUUGGUGAGCGACUUUCACAAAACAGGUUCCUUUAUUGUAACGGGCAAUUAUUUGAUAUACGCUGUGCUGUCAAUGUUAUACAUGUCAUGGUUCAGGAUGCUUUGGGUGCAGCGGGUGAAAUAAUCAAUAAAAUUCGAGAAAGCAUACAUUAUAUCAAAAGUUCACAUACUGUUCAAGCAAAGUUCAAUGAGAUGGCCAAAGAAGUUGGGAUUCAGAGUCAGAAGUGCUUAUUCUUAGAUAAUCCAUUACAAUGGAAUUCAACUUAUUCAAUGCUUGAAGUUUCCUUGGAGUUCAGGGACGUUUUUACUCUUCUGCAAGAAAAUGAUUCUGCCAACAGAAUUUGUCUGUCUGAUGUUGAGUGGGAGAGAGCAACUGCAAUUACUAGCUAUUUAAAACUCUUUGUGGAGGUUACUAACGUUUUCACAAGGAGCAAGUAUCCCACUGCAAAUAUAUAUUUCCCUGAGCUCUGCGACAUUAAGUUGCAAUUAAUUGAAUGGUGCAAGAAUUCAGAUGAAUUUAUUAGUUCUGUUGCAUCAAGGAUGAGAAGCAAAUUUGAUGAAUAUUGGGGGAAAUGUAGCCUAGGAUUGGCAGUUGCAGCUAUGUUAGAUCCUAGAUUUAAGAUGAAAUUGGUAGAGUAUUACUAUCCACAGAUCUAUGGUAGCACUUCUGCUGGUCGUAUCGAUGAGGUAUUUGAUGGUGUAAAGGCUUUAUAUAAUGAACAUUCAAUCUGUUCCCCAUUAGCUUCUCAUGAUCAGGGUUUGGCAUGGCAAGUUGGGAGUGGUCCACUUUGCCUACCAAGUUCUGCAAAGGACUCCAGGGAUAGAUUGAUGGGAUUUGACAAAUUUCUCCAUGAAACCUCUCAAAGUGAGGGUGUGAAAUCGGAUCUAGACAAGUAUUUAGAAGAACCACUUUUUCCGCGUAAUGUCGAUUUCAACAUAUUAAAUUGGUGGAAAGUUCACACUCCUAGGUAUCCUGUCUUAUCUAUGAUGGCCCGAAAUGUAUUAGGCAUUCCAAUGUCAAAAGUUCCACUGGACUUGGCAUUCAAUAAUAGAGGAAGGGUGCUUGAUCGUGAUUGGAGUUUGCUUAAUCCUGCUACUGUACAAGCUUUGGUGUGUUCGCAAGAUUGGAUACAGAAUGAACUGGAAAGUUAAGGAAUGCUUUUCCGUUACCUUCUAACUGCUUGUCAUUUUUCUGAAGCUCCCGCUUGUAAGUUAGAUCUUCCAACUCCGCAAGUUAAUUCUCCUUAGGCUUCCAGUUUAUUAUAUUAGAUUGUAUUUAGUUUACAUUCCAAUGUAGUAGCAAGUUGGUUUUAUUAUUCUCCUUUUUUCAUCUCUAUUUAUUUAUUCUAUUUUUUUGUCGCGUUUGUAAUCUGUGUUUUUAAUGGUUUAUGAUUUAUGAUGUGCAAAAAUAUGCAGUCACUGUAACUAGUUGUUUCCUUGAUAAGAACACAUUUUGAAGAUAUCAUGUAUGAAUUUUAACUUUAUCAUCCAAUCAAAAAGAAGCUUUGUUGAUCCUCAAACCCAAAAUUCUGUCAAUCAAGUUAUUUCAGUUUUUGCCUGCUAUAUACACUAAGCAAGACACUUGCUGGACUCUUUAAAUUUUUGCACGACAAAAUCUGGACGCUUUUGAUUUUUUUCCUUCUUUUUAGAAUUAAAUUACAAGUAAUGUUGAUAUCAUUGACAUUUCUUGAUUCCGAUACUUCUAACUUGAGUGCCACUGAUUUCCAGAGCUAAGCAACUUCGCCAACGAGACUAGAGACAAUGAGCUGAUAGCUCACAUGCCACGGGUCUCGGUCUUCCAUGGUUGAGGUGAGACUGAUGUCAAGUGUUCAAUUCUUGCACUUAAUCUUCUUACUCUCUGGCUUUGAGGCUUCCCCAUAAAAAAGAAAAGCAAAUAUAUAUAGGGAAAAAAAACUGCUAAAUAUGUCAUAUCUAGAUUCCCAGAUAUUUAAUUUUGGUGUUUGGUCUAAUUGAGGUAUCUGGAAAGCAAGUUGCAAAGUUACCAGCUGCUUUUGACUAACUAGUUAGUGUUCAUGUGCAAUAUGUUAGUGAUAACUUAUGAGUAAUUGUACACAUUGUUCCGUGCAUGGGCAUGGGGUUUGAAGUGAGUCGCACUGUACAAAUAAUAGUGUGGCUUUGUUAGAUGUUAAAUUUUAGUAGUUAUAGUUUAGAGCAGAGGUCUGAAGGUCUUAGAAGGAAACAAUGUGUACUGUUGCUUGAAAUUACAAUGGCAGAGAUAUUGUAUGUAUCUGAGAGGAAACAAUCUCUUGCAAAUAUUUAUAAUUUCGUC